AUGUCGAACCGGCGCGUCCCCCUCGCCAACCUGCAAAACGCUACCAAUUCCCCGUUACGCGCGACGGCCAUAGGAGGAAAGCGCCAACGCUCACACGCCAGUGAGCAGCGCGACGUCCUCUAUGGCCAACCGCCGCCCAAGAAACAAGUCAUCCAAGUCGAUGAUGCCGAAGCCCAUCGCCAUGGCCUGGUCCGUCGGAGUGGGGCCCAGCCCACGGCUUUGACCCGCAAGCUGGAAGCAGCAAGAGAGUCAAAGGCCCCGUCCAAGCAGGCCGCCCAGCGAGCGUCCAACGACCUGGAGACGAUCCGACAGUGGCAGCGUCACUAUCGCAAGCUGUUCCCUCAGUUUGCUUUCUACUUUGACAGCGUGCCAGAAGCCCAGAAAGACAAGCUGAUGCAUAGGGCAAAGCACCUAGGUUCCCGUGAGGUCAAUUUUUUCUCCCGAGAAGUCACCCACGUCAUUACGACGCGUUCCAUUCCUGCCGACCUCGAUGGCAGCUCAUCCACCCACAAGGGCACCGUCAACCCGGCUCAGCUGGAGAACAAGAAGUCCAUCUUCGAUGCCGCCCUGGAGAGAUCUGACCGCGGUGACAUCCUGCACAAGGCUAAGAGCUUGGGCAUGAAGAUAUGGUCUGUGGAGAAGUUGCAGCGGAUGGUAGACACCAUGUUCAACAAGGAGACCGGUGAAGAUGCAGCUAGCCACCCGACGCGCCACGCCGUGGCCUCGCAGCAUCAGAAGGGCCGUCCUGCUGACCUACAGAGGCUGCUGCAAAACGAGAAGAUGGAUCGCGACUACGUCAUGGCCUCGCAGGACAUGAUCCCUCUUCGUGGCUACUACGUAUACGUGCACGACAUGGAUGAGGUCACCCGACCUGUUAUGAUCCGAGAAUAUCAGAAAGUCGAGAAAGAGAAGGGCAAGUGGCCACAGUUCCGUGCCUCGGGUAAUGGCAAGUGUCCGUUUGUUGAAGAUCCCCAUUUCGGCCGCCGACAGCAGGAAGAGCAGGAAGCACGUCGAAGGCAGGCAGCCCAGGCUCCACGGACGCGUGCUGUCUCAGCCAUGGAAGAGAAGAGUGCUCUAGUAGAGAACAACAACUUGGCCAGGCGUCCCAGUGCCCCUGCUGCCAUCGUCAAGGAAGAGCAGGAUGCGGAUGCAAAGCCCUUAGACCCCCCGAAGGGCCUCCCACCCAAGCGAUGCAACACGGCAGACGGCCCACCACCCAUGUUUGGCAGUGCUCAGGCUAGCAUCCGAGCCAUGCCCCGUUUUAUUGCUGGUGAGCCAGUCGCGUCUGGUCUACACCAAUCCAACAUCACCUCCGCCAUCCGCUCGCAGAUGAUAUCCUCAACUGCUGCCGCGCCGCGUGCUGGAAACAGCAAGGAGGUGAACCAACUGAAACGAAAGGUCCUCGAGAAGAACAGCGUACCGUCGGCGAAUACGAAUAGUGGCCAUUCGUCCGUCACAAACGAUGUGAGGGCUGCGCUCAGCUAUGAGCAUUCUCAACCCAUGCGAGCAGCCAAGCGCAAAGCUCAGGAGAAUAUGGGCCAUGCGCAUGAUGACGGUGAUGAAGAGAGACAAGCUCGUAAAGCAGCAGCCCUCCGCAGGCGCAAGACUGUUGAGAAGGAAUUGAAGCCUGGCUACUGCGAGAACUGCAGGGAGAAGUUCAACGACUUCGACGAGCACAUCCUCUCACGCAAGCACCGCAAGUUCGCUGUCACCACCGAGAACUGGGUCGAGCUAGACCAGCUCCUCGCCCAACUUGAUCGUCGAUGA